ACAGUGGUAGCAGCAGAGCAACCGGGUGUCAUGUCCACAUUAAGCCCGCCCAUCUCAGCGCUGAUUGCGUGGACUGUUAUAUGUGGAACGGUAAUCGUUCUCACGAACAUCGCGAAGGUCACAAAAUACAUCGACAAGGACAAUGCAGGGAUUGCCGUGGUAUUCACGAUUACCGCUGGGAUCUGCACUUUUAUACUCUGGUUGGUCACGUGGAUGCAGCAAUGGCACCCGCUUUUGACGCCUACCCUCCCUGCCAAGGAAUGAAGCUGUGGGUCGCGUACGACUUUUUUUCAUUCGUCGGAGGCCGUUAGCUUGUGUAUUUAUUUGCAUUCAAGAGAGCGGGGGUUCAGGAAGAUGUGACAUCCAAGAAGAUGAAAAUUUAUCACGGGGAAAAGCAAAGAACAAAUUUGUUCACGGCAUGAUGCCGACCACCAUGUGCUUUUUUCUUCAUGUUCGGCU